GCCCAAAGCGACGGCAUGCCGGGCGGGAGAUGAGCGCAUUUCGCUGCAAAGGGGGGUGAAACGCAAUCACAUUGGAGUGGAAAAGGUGCGUAUGAUGCAGCUGACGCCUACCUGUAGCUGGACAGUUGCAUUCGAACCAGCGGAGUGAAGGACACGAGGAAUCAGCACGGAGAUUAAGCCUCUGUGUUUAAAAGUGCUCCUCUGGUUGAAUUUCUUGAGAGAAGGCGUUAGCUCCAUGCGUUUAUUUUUCUAUAACUCCUGCCCGAGGUCUGGCCUCGUUCCAUCCUUCCUCGGGCGGUGAGAUCCUCGCUGCCAAACUGAAAUCGCUGCGUGGUAUUGGAAUUCGGGAGGAUUUAGUUGGGACGUGCUUGUCACCUCUAGUACAGUACCUCCGCUCUCUUGUGUUCCACGUAAAAAAACGCCAAGAAGAGUGUGCGCCAGAAAGAUGUUACUUAAUUUCGCCGCGGAUAUCUCCAACUGCUGCACUUCGCUGUCGAGCUCAACGGUCUGACGGACGGCAAGUUGUAAAGACUUUCCCCGCAUUUUGAUGGGGGGGCACUGAACCUCCCCAACGCAGCGCACCAACUGUUCAGGACGCUGCGCGAAAGCUGCGGAACAACCGCGCCGGGAUCUGAGCGCUUUCCCUUUUCCACUCAUUCCACUUUAUUUCGGGAUACAGUUAAACAAGAUGAUCCCGCUAACUCGAACUCAGCUUGCUGUGUUUUUCAUUCUCCUUUGUCCGGUCAACAUAAUCGGGUUAUGGUGGGCGGUGGGCAGCCCCUUGGUGAUGGACCCCAACAGCAUCUGCAGGAAGACAAAGCGGCUGGCGGGGAAGCAGGCGGAGCUGUGUCAGAGCCAGCCCGAGAUCGUGGGCGAGGUGGUGAAGGGCGCCAGGCUGGGCAUGCGGGAGUGCCAGCACCAGUUCCGCUUCCGCCGCUGGAACUGCACCAGCAGCAGCAAGCACUUCGGCAAGAUCCUGCAGCAAGACAUCCGUGAGACGGCGUUCGUGUACGCCAUCACGGCGGCGGGCGUGACGCACACGGUGACGCAGGCGUGCAGCAUGGGCGAGCUGCUGCAGUGCGGGUGCGAGGCCACCCGCAGCCGCGCCCCGCCCCGCCCCGCCUCCGGCGCCGGCCCCGACGCCGUCCGCUGGGAGUGGGGGGGCUGCGGAGACGACGUGGAGUUCGGCUACGAGAAGUCCAAGCAGUUCAUGGAUGCCAAGCGCAAGAAGGGCAAGAGCGACAUCAGGACGCUAAUCGACCUGCACAACAACGAGGCGGGAAGACUGGCGGUGCGGAAUUACAUGCGUACGGAGUGUAAAUGCCACGGGCUGUCUGGGUCCUGCACGCUGCGGACCUGCUGGAAGAAAAUGCCGCACUUCCGCGACGUGGGAAACCGGCUGCUGGAGCGCUUCAACGGCGCCUCCAAGGUGAUGGGCGGGAACGACGGCAAGACGCUGGUCCCUGUGGGGCACAACAUCAAGCCGCCCGACAAGGAGGACCUCAUCUACUCGGCCGAGUCGCCUGACUUCUGCCUGGCCAACAGGAAGACGGGGUCUCUGGGCACGCGCGGCCGCGUCUGCAACAGCACCGCCAUGGACGUGAGCGGCUGCGACCUGCUGUGCUGUGAGCGCGGCUACAGGGACGAGACCGUGGUGUUCGAGGAGAACUGCCUCUGCAGGUUCCACUGGUGCUGCAUGGUGCAGUGCAAGAAGUGCUCCGUCAGGAAGGAGCUCAGCCUCUGCUUCUAGAACUCUCCACAACAGAGCGCUGGCCCUCUGCUUCUAGAACCCUCCACAACAGAGCACUGGCCCUCUGCUUCUAGAACUCUCCAUAACAGAGCACUGAGCCUCUGCUUCUAGAACUCUCCACAACAGAGCACUGGCCCUCUGCUUCUAGAACUCUCCACAACAGAGCACUGGCCCUCUGCUUCUAGAACCCUCCACAACAGAGCACUGAGCCUCUGCUUCUAGAACUCUCCACAACAGAGCACUGAGCCUCUGCUUCUAGAACUCUCCACAACAGAGCACUGGCCCUCUGCUUCUAGAACUCUCCACAACAGAGCACUGGCCCUCUGCUUCUAGAACCCUCCACAACAGAGCACUGGCCCUCUGCUUCUAGAACUCUCCACAACAGAGCACUGGCCCUCUGCUUCUAGAACUCUCCACAACAGAGCACUGAGCCUCUGCUUCUAGAACCCUCCACAACAGAGCACUGGCCCUCUGCUUCUAGAACUCUCCACAACAGAGCACUGAGCCUCUGCUUCUAGAACUCUCCACAACAGAGCACUGAGCCUCUGCUUCUAGAACCCUCCACAACAGAGCACUGGCCCUCUGCUUCUAGAACCCUCCACAAGAGAAAGCUUGGCCUCAGAUUCUAGAUAUCUUCAAAAAAGAGAGAGCAUUGGGUGUAAACCCCGGUCAUAUGCAGAACUGGGCCUCCAGACCUUUGUCAUUUCCGUCCUUGAUGUUCUGUGCCCAGAAGUUUCUUGUUCU